UACGAUUAACUUUAACUUGGAGUGUGAAAAGUACCAAUAGAAUUAGAAAGAAUAGAUCUAGAAAAAUAAAUCUAGACUGAAGAUCUGGAUUUCUAGUCAUCGAGAACACACUUCACAUGCGACUUUACACACUAUAGGCAUAGGGCAUAGAUAUCUAGAUUUAUAUUUAAAAAUUGAAUAGACCAGAUGACUCAUCUCUCAAAUUGAAUUUCAAGUUUUUCUCUUGAUUCUCCACCUGACUUAAAGCAGAUAAAAAGAAUUUAAAGAUUUAGUUAUCCUACACAGUCAAUUUAAUAUAAACAUACAUUUAUUGAAAAUGUUUCUAAUGGAAAAUGUAAGCUUUAAUCAGGAAGAUGCUACUAUAGAAACUCAUCAAUUGAAAGGUUAUCUUCUUAUCUACUCAGAUGACAGUGAUGUGAUGGAAGUACAUUUUAAUCAUAAAGUAAAAAUUCAUUUUGUCUUACACGAAACACUGAAACAUGUAGCAGCUGAAAGCUCUACUAGUGUGCCACAUCCAGUGAGUAUGACAGAUGUGAAAUGUGAAGACAUUCAAGUUGAUGUUGUUCCAGCAGAAAAUGAGGGCACUUUUUAUGAUGGAAGUUCUGAAGAGGACAUUGGAUCCAAAUCUUUAAAUGAUCUAACAAGUCUCUCAGUCAAUCAGCUCACAUCUCCUUGUAGCAUUGUUUUAAAACCUAAAGAUGAUCUACAUACUUCUGCAAAAGUGCCAAGAAAUCCCUCAAUUGUUUCUAAAUUUACAGCUGAUUAUGCUAGUGAUGUUAUUGGCAAAAGUAUUAAGCAGCCAAACACUUCUAUUCUACAUGUUUCAAAAUCAGUCUCCGACAAGACAAACACAUCUCUAUAUGGUUUGCAUUGUCAGCUGUGUAACUCAUGGUUCCCCAAUACUGUAGCAGAAAAUAAGCAUAAAAGAAAUCCUGAUACUCAGUCAAGCUGUGGGCAGUGCCCAGCUGUUUACCCCUGCAAGGCAGAUUUAUUUAGUCACAUAUAUGAGAUGCACAAUUUUAUCUUUCUGAAAAACCAGUUCCCAGAAUGCAACUUGCUAGAUGAAAUACAGUGGCCGAAAGACAGAAAGAGAAUCACAUGCCCAAUGUGUGGUCAUGUGACAAGUUACAAGUAUCUCAAAUAUCAUAUAGACACUCAUUUUGAUGAUCUGUCAUACAAAUGUUGUCUCUGUGGAUGUGCAUUAAGAAAUGGUUACAGUUAUGCCAAGCAUUGUAAAGAACACGUCCCUGAACUACCUUCAUUAACUGGAUUAGAAAACAGAGAGAAGGAAACAAUGGCAAUUCAAAAAGUCUGCUCCACAGUGAAAGUUAAAAAUAGUAAUACUCAAAGUAAAAUUAUUCAAGAAGUUAGUAAAAUUAAGAUAAAAAAAAAUGUUUGUGUUGUUGAUGAAAGAAGGGAGACAACAGGCUUUAGUGAGCUUGAGCUGAGACAAGAAUCAGAUCCUAAUUGUUUAGAGGAAAUUAUAGAACUUGGUGUCGGAGAUAAAGAAGAACAAAGAGAACACCACUGCAUCUAUUGCAAGAAAACAUUUUCUUCUCAAAAACAAUUUCGGCUUCAUCGUGUUACUUCAAGCUUAAAUCUUAAGUGCCACAUCUGUGGUGUAGCGCUUCCCUCACAAGCUUUGUUGAUCAUUCAUGAAUUUGAGGUUCACAGGCUUCCAUGUAUCCUGGCUGAGAAUGACAAUGAGGCUGGUAAAGAUUUCCCCACAGAGUCUAGGAGAAGAAAUAUUAACAAACAACAGAGGUGUAGGGGCAAACAGUUUGUUGCGUGCCCAGUGUGCACUGCCCAGGUGACCAGAUUUACUCUUCCACUGCAUAUCAUGCGAAGGCACACCAACGAAAGCCCUUUCAAAUGCUGCAUUUGUAAUCAUCCCUGCUCGAGUAUAAGGAUAUACAAACUCCAUUGUGAUGAACACAAUGGCCAGCUGAGACGAGGAUACUUUCACUGCUCGUCCUGUCCUGCCGUGUUCAAUAACAAAAGUGACCUGCAUAAACAUGCCGUUGUUCACAAGCGGAUUUGUCAUUUCUGUAAUGUUGACUUUGAACAUGUCAACUUGCUAGAGGUCCAUUACAACACAGAGCACUUCAAUCAGAUGUUAAAAUGCAAGCACUGCAGCAAAAGGUUUGCCAAUGAGCAUAAGCUUAAAGAACACGAGAGGCAUCACAGGUUCACUACUGCUAGGCCAUGUCCCAAAUGUGGGAUUAUGGUGAAGCGUCUCAAAGUUCACUUGCUCCGCCGUCAUCCUGAACCUGGCGUUGAAUUCCUAUGCUCCCUUUGCCCUAAGAAGUAUACCAACGAGGUUGAGUUCAAUAACCAUCUUCGUCGACAUAAUGACUCUGAAAAUGGUGUGAAAUUCACCUGUCCUAAGUGUCAGAAAACAUUUAGUUGUCGCAGUUACCUCAACGACCACAUUAAAGUUCACUUGACUCGCAAGCUUUAUGAUUGCCCUAUAUGUGGGAAACAGUGCACAGAGAAAUAUAACUUAAAAAUUCACAUGCGCAUCCAUUCUAGUCAUAAACUGUUUCACUGCGAUCAAUGUGGUCAGGGUUUCAACUAUAAAGCAUCACUUAUCAGUCAUCAGAAGUCAAAACACAAGUUGAUCACUUCAUAGCAUUAAAUCACACUGCUGUUGGAAUGUAUUAUUAAACUGUGAUAUUGUUUACUGUGUCUACAAUCACUGUGUUGUCCAGUUGAGUGCUAAAUUUGGUUGUUAUAUAUAUAUAUAUAUCAUGAAAUUUUUAGUUGUUGUUUUUUGGUUUCAGUGCAUUACUUCAUAUUUUUUGCAAUCAUUGUAUGUUUUGUAUAAAUGUGAUUUUGGAAAUAUGACUAUGUGAUACUAUUGUUUAAUAACAGCAACUUCAGUGCAUUGACUAUGAUGUGAACAAAUCUCACUGGAUAAGUUCUACAUAGGUUGUACCUAUGCCAUUUUAUGUGAGGCUAGAGUCUUAGCACUGGGUCGUAAGAUAUUGAACAUGAUUUUAAAAACGUAACCUCCACCAAUUCAUUUCAGCAGCCUAAAUCAUUAGCAUUCUGCCACCCCCAGAUAUCGUUUUGCCAUAAUUUGUCAUCAUUUUGCCCCCACCCUUUCCCCCCCCCCCUCCCCCCAGUUAUAAUUUUUCCAUUAACAGUCACCAUGCUAGGAUACUUGCAUAUAAAAAAAAAAGUUGCAAGUUUGUAUCAAAUGAGUCCUCUACAUAUGUACUAAACAUACUUAAAUUUUCUAUCAGCCACUCUUCCACUAUACUUUAUAACACUUCACACUCCACAAUUUACCUGCUAAGUAUCUCUCUCCUCUCUAUGUUGCUAAUUACUAAUGAUUAGUUAAAAUGUUAUUAUAAUUGGUAUAUAUGGACCAAUAAAAACAUUUUGUCACUAUUUAAAACAAAGUUGAACUUUUAUUAUAACGCGUAUAUGAACUCAUUAUGUUUCUUUCUUGUAUGUUUCUUGUAUUAACUCACUUUGUUUCACGUGAGGAGAUUUACAGGAUAUUUUUUCUUUAAAAGGGGGGGGGGGUAAUGUUCUUUUUUUAUA